CUUCAAUGUCUUCUUCCCAACAAAAAGUCCCAUUCAAGUACAUGAUAAUUCCAGAAUCUAAGCAAAACCCAAUUCAAUUCAGCCCUCAAAUUCUCAAAUCCCUCUAAAAAAGAUUCAUCUUAAGGAACCUUUCUUAUGAACCCUAAACUCUUUACCAUUUGACCCCCCAAUUUCUCAAACCCUCUAAAAAGGAUUAUCUUUUUUUUUUCCAUGGCUGCAUUCAGAUGCAAACCUUCGGCCGAAACAGCCUCUUUAACGGUCUCUCAGUUCAGGCAUUUUCUAUCUAAUUACAUGCACUAUGGUCGCAUGGCUAGUUCCUCUCACUGUACCACCAUCCGCAACAAAUGGGAUGACCACUUUGUCAACACUCCUUAUCAUUUCACUUCUUUCAAGCCCGUCUCGCUUCGUGGCGAACUCGUCGAAAAGGGUUCUCGGUUUUUGGAUAUUAGGAGGAACUCCCACGAUUUAAGCAAGGAUGUCGAUAGAGAAUUGAGAGAGAAACUGGGUUGUAAUAGUUUUAGGGUAUUGAGUUCUUAUGGGGACCCACCGGAGGUUUGGCAGCCACCUGGUGAUGGGAUUGCGAUCCGGGUUAGUGGGGUUAAUUUGGGCCGUGGUGGCGGCGGCGGCGGAGCUGGAGGAGGAGGAGGAGGAGGAGGAGGGCCGACUGCUGGUUCUGGAGGCGGUUUUGGGUCGGAUUCAAAGGAUGGCUGUUGGGGAGGAUCUAAUUUGGGGCAUAAUUUUCCUACACCCAAAGAGAUUUGUAAAGGAUUGGAUAAGUUUGUGAUUGGGCAAGAGAAGGCAAAGAAGGUUCUAUCAGUGGCAGUGUACAACCACUAUAUGAGAAUCUACCAUGAGUCAUCGCAAAAACGGUCUGCAGGAGAUUCAGGUAGCGAUAUUGCAUAUGUACUAGAUGAUGAUAUAGUGGAACUGGAGAAAAGUAACAUUCUUUUAAUGGGGCCAACAGGGUCAGGGAAAACAUUACUUGCCAAAACCUUGGCCCGCUUUGUGAAUGUUCCUUUUGUUAUUGCAGAUGCUACUACCUUGACGCAGGCAGGGUAUGUAGGCGAAGAUGUUGAAUCUAUAUUAUACAAGCUCCUUGUGGUUGCUGACUAUAAUGUUGCAGCUGCACAGCAGGGCAUUGUUUACAUUGACGAAGUUGAUAAGAUCACCAAAAAGGCCGAGAGCCUUAACAUUAGCAGGGAUGUGUCUGGGGAGGGUGUUCAGCAGGCAUUACUAAAGAUGCUAGAAGGAACAAUUGUUAAUGUUCCUGAGAAGGGAGCUAGAAAGCAUCCUAGAGGUGAAAAUAUUCAGAUUGACACAAAGGACAUACUCUUCAUAUGUGGGGGUGCUUUUAUUGACAUAGAGAAAACAAUUUCAGAAAGACUUCAAGAUUCUUCAAUUGGUUUUGGAGCUCCGGUGCGUGCAAACAUGAGAGCUGGCGGUGUUACAAAUGCUGCCUUGACAUCAUCUUUAAUGGAGACCGUUGAAAGUACUGAUCUUGUUGCAUAUGGUUUGAUACCGGAAUUUGUUGGGCGAUUCCCUGUUCUUGUCAGUUUAUUGGCUCUGACUGAAGAACAACUUGUUCAGGUGCUAACAGAGCCAAAAAAUGCCCUAUGCAAGCAAUACAAAAAGAUGUUCCAAAUGAAUGGAGUCAAUUUGCAUAUCACAGAAGGUGCUUUGAAAUCAAUUGCCAGAAAAGCAAUAACUAAAAAUACUGGGGCCAGAGGUUUACGAGCCAUCUUGGAGAAUAUCUUGAUGGAUGCCAUGUAUGAGAUACCGGAUGUUAGGACUGGCGAUGACAUAAUAGAUGCGGUAGUAGUCGAUGAGGAAGCCGUUGAACUUAAAGGCCGUGGAAGCGGUGCAAAGAUUCUUUACGGUAAAGGUGCAUUGGACAGUUACCUUUCACAACCAAAAUUGAAGGACUUGGAGACAAGUGGGGAACCCGAGGUGGAAACAGAGCUUCUUCCUUCAGUUGUUGCCAGUAUGUAAGGAUUUGGAUGUAAACUUAGUUGUACAUAGUAAGCUGACAUUAUCAAUUUAAUAGAUGAUUAUUAUUUAUUAUUAUACACAUAAAUACUUGGUCAACUAUCAUUUUAUGGGGGGAAAAAGAAAUGGAGUGAUUUAGUUUCACUGGGCAUGUAUCAUGUAUCAUGUAUCAAGUAUCAAGUAGUAAUCAACCCCAUCCACUCCCAAAUCAUCAAAUAAUAGUGUCAUUGAAAUUCA